GCCGCCCUGCGACUACCGCCAUUGGCUCGCUAAAAAUGCCUCUCUAAUCUGCGCGCAUCUGUGCACGCCUCCUCCAUCCUCCCUGUCCCCUCCCUCCCCCUCCGUCGGCUCUGACCUUCCUCCUUCCCGCAGCCCAGGCGAGAUCCCGGAGACGCAGUGGCGGCGGCGGCCCCCGGGAAGUCUUCCUGGCUUGAGACCGGGUCCUAGACGCCCCGCUAGGCCCCGUGGCGCCGCUGCUGGUGCCGGGCGCUCCUGCCCCAGUACAUGAAACAGCCCAGCCUGCUGACCGCCGCUCCACACCUGUCCAUCCCUCCACGGCUACACCAUGUCUGGCUCCUACGAUGAGACCUCACUAGCUCCGGAGGAGAUCACGGACAGCUUCUGGGAGGUGGGGAACUACAAGCGGACGGUGAAGCGCAUCGAUGACGGGCACCGCCUGUGCAACGACCUGAUGAACUGCGUGCAGGAGCGCGCCAAGAUCGAGAAGGCCUACGGGCAGCAGCUCACCGACUGGGCCAAGCGCUGGCGCCAGCUCAUCGAGAAAGGCCCACAGUAUGGCAGUCUGGAGCGGGCCUGGAUUGCCAUGAUGACGGAGGCAGACAAGGUGAGCGAACUGCACCAGGAGGUGAAGAACAACCUGCUGAAUGAGGACCUAGAGAAGGUCAAGAACUGGCAGAAGGACGCCUAUCACAAGCAGAUCAUGGGCGGUUUCAAGGAGACCAAGGAGGCUGAAGAUGGCUUUCGCAAGGCCCAGAAGCCCUGGGCCAAGAAGAUGAAGGAGCUAGAGGCAGCCAAGAAGGCCUACCAUCUGGCCUGCAAAGAGGAGAAGCUGGCUGUGACACGGGAGAUGAAUAGCAAGACAGAGCAGUCAGUCACACCCGAGCAGCAGAAGAAGCUGCAGGACAAAGUGGACAAGUGCAAGCAGGACGUACAAAAGACUCAGGAGAAGUAUGAGAAGGUGCUGGAUGAAGUGGGCAAGACCACACCCCAGUACAUGGAGGGCAUGGAGCAGGUGUUUGAACAAUGCCAGCAAUUUGAGGAAAAACGGCUGGUGUUCCUCAAGGAGGUGCUGCUGGAUAUCAAACGUCACCUCAACCUAGCUGAGAAUAGCAGCUAUGUCCAUGUGUACCGGGAGAUGGAGCAGGCCAUCCGGGGAGCCGAUGCCCAGGAUGACCUCAGAUGGUUCCGCAGUACCAGUGGCCCUGGCAUGCCCAUGAAUUGGCCCCAGUUUGAGGAGUGGAAUCCAGACCUCCCUCACACCACCGCAAAGAAGGAGAAGCAGCCCAAGAAGGCAGAGGGGGUAGCAGUGACCAAUGCCACAGGGGUGGUGGAGUCCACAUCCCAGGCUGGGGACCGGGGCAGCGUUAGCAGCUACGACAGGGGCCAGUCUUAUGCCACUGAAUGGUCCGACGACGAGAGCGGGAACCCAUUUGGGGGCAAUGAGGCCAACGGGGGCUCCAACCCCUUCGAGGACGACGCCAAGGGAGUGCGUGUGCGGGCACUCUAUGACUACGACGGCCAGGAGCAGGAUGAGCUCAGCUUCAAGGCUGGAGAUGAGCUCACCAAGCUGGGCGAAGAGGAUGAGCAGGGUUGGUGCCGCGGGCGGCUGGACAGUGGGCAGUUUGGCCUCUAUCCUGCCAACUACGUGGAGGCCAUCUAGCUGCCCUGCUCCCCUCCACACUACCCCUCACUCCUCUCUCACCGCCUCCCCUCCCCUCCCACUCUUGUCCCCUCCCCUCUCCAUAGAGUUCCAGACAUAUUUUCCGAUCAAGCUUUUAUUUUUUUAAAAGUCAAAACAGAACAAAUCAAAAAAUACAGAGACAGAGCAUUCGCAGGGCCGCCUGGAGGCCAGGGUGGUGGAACUUGGGGUGAUGGCCCCAGGGUAGGUGACGGUCUUAGAACUUAGCCCAACAGAGACAUCACAACAUUUGCAUUUUAGAUUCCACCAAAGAGUCUCCUGAGCCCUGAGGGAUGUCUCCUGGACCCUUCUACCCUGCCUCACUGCCCCCAUCUCACCCCUUUCAUCCCUCCCCUCCCCACCCCAGGCUACCAGCACCUGCUCCCCCCUUCCCUGGGCCUGGUUUUCUGACUUCCUGCCUCACUCCACUCCCCUUCCACUACCACCCUAUUCUCAGAGGCCCCCGCCCUCCAAACCCAGGCAAGGGGGCCUUCUAGUGUUUAGACUUCCACUCUGCCCUGGGGAGUGCCCUACUCUCCCUAGCCCCCCUCUUCAGGACUGGAGAAGGAGUGGUCAACCUCUUCUUCAUAGAGGUUUCCAGUGGUCCCUAGACUCCCCCAGACAUGAAGAAGGGUGAGCUGGAGUUGGUGACAGUGGCUGGGGUAUUGGAGGGAGCAGAGGAAGCAGACCCUCAGCUCUCCCAACGGCAGGCUUAGCUGAGGAACCGAGACCCUGCUGGGACCCUUCUUUCCAACUGUCAGCACUGGAAGCCUUGCUCUUCCUCGAGUCACACCCUUCAGUAUUUGCAGAGACCCCGCCCCCCCCCAAGGUCCUCAGACAGAGGGUGGGGCCCCAAAGCCCAGGGCAAAGCCAGCAACAGUAGCAGCGUCCUCCCAUUUCCUGGGGAGGAGGGCAUCUUGCCCAGCCACCCGCCCUCGCUCCACGUCCAUCUAAAACUGGAGAAUCACUGAGCUCAGCCAGCCUUCUCUGCCCUUCUCUGGUUUGCCUGGGGCCCAUGGGAGCGUCCAGCCUUGGACCCGCAGGGAAAGCCUACAGCCAAUGGGAGAGGAAUGGGUUUGGCAGGAGGGAGGAGCCUGGCCCUGAGGAGCCAGACAGUCACCGUGUCUUUCUUCCUUGUUCUCACCACGCCCAGCCCCAGCCCUAGCCCCUGGAGCAACACUCCCCCUGCUGGCAGCCCCCCAAUCUGUCCAAGCCUGGGUCUCAGCUAAAGGACUUUUGGGGGUGGGAGGAGACAAAGGGCCUGCCCAAAGCAGGAGUGUUUCCUAUGGCUGGUGCUGGAUUACUGAGUGUUAGUACCAGCUACCAGCCUCUCCCAUGGAAGUAGGGCGGGGGUACUUGGGUAGCAGACCAGGGCAGGACAGGACCCCAAGAGGUGGGUGACUGGCUGAAAGAGAAGUCUCCCAGAACCUCUGUGGUGAGGCCCUGAGACUUCCUGCUCCACCAGGUGAGCCUUGCUAACCGUGGAUGCCACUUAUGAGCCUCAGGACUGUAGACCCCGUCCCCCUCCCACAGUACCUGGCCCCCUGGGCCUCUAGGUAAAGACAGGGUGAUACUCCAGACCCUCUGUCACCCCUCAGUCCUCUUGCUCCCUGCUUCUUCUCCCCACAGCCAACUGUUAGGAGGCCACAGACCCCAGCCUCAGGCCCUGAUCCUAUUCAUGUGGGCACAGAGGAUCCUGGCAGACUCUGGCAGGGGUCUGAGCUGGGGCAGGCCUCCCUCAGGGCCAGGGGAGUUGCGGGGUGGGGAUGAUGGUGCACCACCAGGGAAGAUAAAUUCUCCUCCCCCAGGGCCCCCUUUCUUGUCACUGCUCUCUGGGCCUCUGCUGCAGCCUGAGAUGUGCCCAAGGCCCCUAAGAGCCUGAAGCAAGAUUUUGACAACCUUCAGCCCUCCCAGCUCCAGAGCAAAGCCUCUUCAGCCUCUCCUCCAGGCAGGAGUUGGGGUUGGGGGCCCCUGUCCCUCACUGUCUACCCUUGGGAGUCAGGAAGCCGGCACAUCUGCACCUUGGGGCCUGGGCUCCCCCUCUCUGUGCUAGAGGCUUCCCAGCACCUGGGGAGGGGCUGUGGCCCUGGAUGGACCCCAGGCCUGUCCCCCUCAGCAUUCUAGCUACCCACUCUGGGGCAGGGACUCGAAACCCCAUUCCCUGUGAACAACCACCUCCAUAGCCCCAUUUGGGACCACUCUUUCUCACGGCGCGGUCCCCAGGUUCCUCGGCCCUAGAGUGGAAGGGUCUCCCACCUGGAAGACCUCCUGAGCUCCCAGGGCCCAGCUCCACCUGUCAGUGCUGGUGUCAGGACACUCAACACCGUGUGGGGGCCGCACCCCUUGCCGUGCCCACCGCCUCCUGUAGCCCCCUGCCCACACCCUCGAUGCUGCACGGGCCGCCCCCAAGGGCUCGGCGAGUCAUGUGUUUUGUCCCCAGUUAACCACCGUUCUGCAGCCUGGUUCUGCGAGGAGCCAAGGCUGCCCUGCACCGCCGUCUGCAGCCCUCGACUUCCUGACUCCAUUAGUCCAACACUUGUGAAACUCCGAGAAGUGCUGUGGUCUCAGCAAUGCACCUGUUUUGUACAUGAUUGUGUAAUUUAAAGGUAUAUAAAUACAAAUAUAUAUAUAUAUAUAAGUUGUGAUUGUAUGACUGUGGAUAAAAUCCAGAACUGUGUCAACCUG